AUUGACUAUAAAGUUACCCACUUAUUCUGUACGAUACAAUAUUAUGCAUUCCCAUUCAAACAGAGAAACCAAUGAUUUCCCAUGCACCUGCAGUGUACCUUACCAGGCGGCGCCUUUUUUUCACAUGCAAACAUAGGACCAACGUCGCUUCCGUUUCCAAUCCGGUGUCUUGGCAUCUAGCAUUUUGACAAAGGCAUCAUCAAAGGAUUGAAUUUCCUUUUCCACCAAGAAAUACUCAAUCUUUUUGGAAGGGAUGGGCGAGUGAUAGACGGGACCUUCCGGCACUGGCUUGGUUGCCGCGGAUGCUGGCUUGGUUGGAGGCUGCGCAAUGGCUGGAACUGGAGGAGUCACCACGGGUUUGGGACGACGAACUCGUGUCUUUUUCUUUUUCGGCUGAGGAGGCGAAUUUGGAGGAGCCACGGGGGGAACGGCAGGGGCCUGUCUUUUCGCGGCAUCCCUUUCUCCAGCUUCCUUGAUCGCGUUAUCCUUUUCCUUUCGUUUGCGAGCCGCUUCUGCUCGUUUGCGAGCAUAUUCCGCUUCCCUCUGAGCAGCCUCUUCCUCCUUUUUGCGUUGGUCAAAUUCCGAUGCCUCAAUAGCUUCUAGCAAUACUUGUUCGGCCACCGUCUGAGCAAUGGCCUUGGCUUCCUCGUCGUCCGAGUUGACCUCUUCUUCUUCUUCCUCCUCCUCUUCAUCGUCGUCCAUAUAUUUUUCUUCAUCCUCCGAUAGUACUCCUUCCUCAUUUCCCAGUUCCAUAUCUGGUUGUUUGAGCAUUCUUCGUAGAUCCUCUUGCUGUUGCUUGAGUGCUUCUUGAAUGACCAAUUGACUGUUGCGGCGUUCCCGUUCCUCCUUGUCUUCAUUUUUCUGUUUCUUGAUGUGCCUGAAAUAUUCCAUGGUCUGCUGUCGCUUGACAUGCGCCGGGAUUUCCAACGGUGGCAAUCGGUUUCCCACCGGUGGCACCGCUCGAAACUCAAUCUUUUGUAUGGCUUCCUUCUUGUUGGUUUCAAUUUCAAAGAAUUUGACAUGCUCUUCGACGGCUUCUCGCGAAACGGGCGCUGCCAAGCCCGUCUCAUCAAUGGGUGGAUCCAAUUCUUCAUAUUCCUCCAGUUCUUGUUCCAAUGGGGAUACCUCCUUGGCUCUUGACGACGCUUGCGUGCCAUCCAAAUGCCGGUCCUUCCAAAAUCCCAAGGAUUGCAACUGUUCAUUUCGUUCCGGUCGCAACUCUCCACGACCCCCGAGCGCUCGUUGUUUGUGGACCCAUCGCCGCAAUUUGUCGCAUUCUUCGGCAUCAUCCAUAAACAAGAUUUGUGGAUUCGGCGUUGUUUCGACCAGAGAAUGUCCAAAGACGGUCCGAAAGACUUGCAACUGUUCCAAUCGGGAAUUCCACAAGACGUCAAACGUCCGUCGAUUCUUAUUGAUAUCCAGCGUGGGCUUGCUUUUUUGUUGUUGCGUCCAACUAAAUCCAAUCGCAUUCAAUCGAUCCCGUCGUUCGGGUAUCAUGGUCGUUCGGGCUUCUCGUUGUCGCGAGACCCAUUUUCCCAAUUUGGGAUCAAUUUUGAAUCGAACCGGGACAUUGACGUGUCCAUGAACGCGUCGAAACGCUACCAAUUUGUCAAACAUGCUGUUCCACUGCAUUUGACUCAAUCCGAUUCCUUUGGCGCGAUACCGGGAAUACAAAUCUUGCGAACUGGGUCGAUGAUUGAAUUCUUGGCCAUUGACGAUAUGGCGGGUGUUGAUUGUAGGUUCCGGUGCUGUUUUCUGUUUAUUGCUAUUGUUAGACGCACUACUAGAUUUGUUCAUCUUGGGAUUCCACCGUGGUUUGGCCGGUUCUUUGCGCCGCGGACGAGGUUUGUCGGUUUCUUGACCCGUCAAGAGGAACCAGAGAUGACGUCUCUCCUUAGAUAAGUGAUGCAAGUGACACUGAUUGAAACUCACAAAAUUCGCCAAAUCUCCCAAUCGUUGUCGACCGCGGCGAUCGUAGUCUCCCGGCACAUUCGGAUCGACUACCCACGUGCCGUGCUUUUCAUUGUAUUCUUUCAAGGCGUCGUAGUUCUGUUGCCAGUCCAUUUUAUCUUAUGAAGCUUAUUGACGGACGUACUUGGCGAGAUCUAUCUAUUCUCGAUCUUUCGUUAGUAGCUAGUAGUGUUGAUGCAGUCAGCCAGAUGUGGCAAGCCUUCAGAACCUGAUCAGGCAGGAUAGAAGGGACGACUACCAGUGAUAGCUAGCUGCUAAAUUGGAUGCGAAAGAGGAGCAGGAACACAAGAGGCGACACAACAACAAGAUGGCACAACAACAAGAUGAUGUUGUGGGAAUUUGAUAGAGGGCCUCUUGCAUGGAUGUUGGGAAGGUUGUUCUGGAUUUGGAUCGAGGUCGUGGGUGACGAAAGAAGGGCGAGACGGCAGCGAGGCCUGGAUUGCGCCGGAGGGCCAAAAGCACGCCGGUCUAACACGCAUGCGUUGCAAGAAAGAUCCAGUGUGCGGUCAACUUCGAAAUGUCUCUACCAUUUGAAUUUUUUUGGUGCAACCACAACGUCCGUCCGCAACAAAACAAGCAGCUGUCCCACAAAACAAAACGAAGAAGACAAGACGAAGUGGGCACAGCAGCACCAACUAAGGCUAACGACGGUGGACACAGCAAGGCAAGGUGACCGCAGCAUCCAACCGAUCGAUCGUUCCGAUGAACCUGUCAGAUACGCAAGCCCAGUUCUUCUUGUUGCAUUCACUAAACAUACAGCUUUGACGUAAGGCAACAAACAAACACAAUAGUCUGAAAAGACAAGCAGUCUGGUCGGUGCAAGCCAAGGGAAAACGUAAAACUGACUGUACCGGUACUACAGUAGUAUUACAAGCAAAAUAGCUACAGUAGCUAGCUAGAGAACCACCAACAAAUUGCACAAAUACUACAGUACUAAAGAGACUCAUUCCAAGUCUCUCUCAAUCACACUCAUCACUAGCUCACGCCUUGCCAAAACAAUCAUCAUCACCACUCAAGAUGUCAUCGCAACACCGCCCAGGCGCCAAGGUGUCUCUGUCACCGGCUGGUUACUCGAAAGAACAGUUGAAAAAAGUGGAGAAUCUAGAAGCUCAGUUGGAGCAACUGCCAUCCAAGAAAUCCGACGAUCAAGCAUCUCGGUUGCGCAUGAGACUCUGCGAAGUGGUCAGUGACAUUAUUCUGACGGAUCCCCUCUUUGCACUCCAACACGAUUGUAUUGGACGACUCUGGAGAUCCUGCUUUUACGGACCCAUUGGAACGCUACGAUCGCGCAUUUCCAGAGAAAAACGAAAAAAGGGUCCCAAUGUCGCGAAACUCGAAAAAAGUUUGAAACAUUUCCUGGGAGAAGCCAUUACCCUCUACGAGUAUCUCAUUACUCAGUAUCAUGGAAAACUAGUGCCUUCGCAGCACGAUCCUACCAUGACACCAAAUUCACAAGACUCGUCGUCACAAAAUUCAUUUCUAGCAACAGAUUCGCAAGCGGCAUCACCAUCGCGCAAUCCAGCCGGAGUGGUGCCGGGAUUGUUUCGCAUGAAUAUUCACAUGGGCGACUUGUAUAGAUACGAAUCCAACUACCACAAGGCAUCCACGCACUACAACAAUGCCGCCAAACUGUCUCCGGGACGUGGGAACCCAUACAAUCAGCUCGCCGUGGUGGCACAGCUCAAAGACACGGCCGCUCCUUUGAAUGCCGUCGCACUCUACUGGUAUGCCCGAUCGUUGCUGACGACGCAUGAACCAUUCGAAAUCUCCAAGGCCAAUUUGAAUCGACUCUUUCAGUCCAAUCGAGAUUGGUUUCACAAACAGCCUACACCGACUGUCGUCGAUAGUGGAGCACGUGAAAUGGUCAAAUCACAACGAACCGUCGCCAGUCGGCAUUUUCUAUCCCAGUUUGUCGAUUUGCAUUUUAGCUUUUUUCAAGGAAUUCAAGGUACUGCUAGUAUUAAUAACGAGCAGCAGCAACCAAAUAAUAAUACGGAAGCGCUCAAGGACGACGAUGUCGUGAAACAAAUGCAAGCACUCUUGACACCCUGUGGUGUGCUGUUGGGGGCAUCGGCAUUUGGUGACGCGCUACUCUGCAAGAUGGUCGUCAUUUGUGCCUUUUCCGAAGCUUACCAUCCGCAAGGACUAUCGGAGCAGACGAUCCAGGAAACGGAAAUUCUGUCGCGAAUCUUUACAUUGGCAUUUGGAGCUUGUUUGGCCGAACGUGCCGCCGUCGGUCUGGCCAAAAUUCAGGAUCAACCCGAGAAAAUGGGAAAUCCCGGCAAGGCGCCUCCAUCGGUGCGAUUGUUAUUGCCAUUGCUGUUGGUGUGCGAGUAUAUGGAAAGUCGUCCCAUUAAUGUGCAUGACACGGCGUCGUUCUCGCCGGAAACGCGGGAAUUUUGCGACACGACUGUGGAAUCAUUCUGGCAGAAAAUGAUCGAGGUGAUGAAUAUUCUUACCAACCUACGGGGUCCGUUGGGCUUGGACAGUGUUGUUGGUGGUGAAACCUGGGAAAACUCGUGCCUCUCCGAAUUCAGUAGCUGUGUCGGCUACUCUCCCUUUGAAGGUUUUCUUCAUGAUCCUAGGGCAUCGAGCCGCGAAGAUGGAUUUGCUUCUGUCGAAGAGGCAGCCGACGUCCUCGAGUUGACACAGCAAGAGUCGCAGGAGUCACAGGGGACGCAACAGGAGUCAUCCACCGUCGAGGAAUACAAAGUCAAAGUGGCUCGUGUCUUGGCAUUUGGAGAUCGCAUGGCGGCCAGUAAUGACACGACAAGUAUGGUUGGACGUCGCUUGGAGAGGACAUUGGAGGGAACGUAUGUUUGGAAUGAUGAACCUGCGGCUGUCGAUGAACACAUGACCGAGGUGGAUCAGAACGAAAACCCAAUGGAAGAAGAAAACAAUACUCAACCUCCCGUGGACGGCAAGAAAAAAGACGAUGGUGGGGACGUACUGGUCUACAGCGUCCCAGAAGGCGGUGGUCCGGCGUUGCUGGUGCCGGGUAUGGUGCUUCAGAACCGGGCAUUGGCCAAUGUUCCCGUGGAGAACAAGGAACAGAAAAGUGAUGGCUUUGUCGGUGGACCGCCCAUGUCUUUUACCGCUCCUCCUCCCGGAGGCCUUGCGCCACCCACUUUUCCCGUGGCGAUGGCGGUGGACAAACCAGCACCCGUUCCAACGGCACCAGUGUUGCCGCCUCCUGGAUUUGGGGUAGCUGCGAUGCCUCCAACUGCCGCAAUGCCGUUGCAGGGAGUUCCUACAGGGGCGCCCCCAGUUAUGGGGACCAACAUACCAGGAUUUUCACCUGUCAUGCAGCAAGGUCUCGUAGCUGGAUUGCCACCAACUUUUGGCCAGGGGUUCAACCCCAUGAUUCAGCAGCAGCAACAACAACAUCAUAGCUUUGAGCCGACCAUUGGCACUUCGAUGAACAUGUUUGGAGGACCGGAGGCGUUGAAAACUGGGAAUCCUUUUGCAGCCGCUUCUACACCGGCGGUCGACGCAAACGGCAACUUGAUGCUAGGAUUGAACGUUGUGGGUGGUGGAGCCAACAGCAUCAAUGCUACGUCGUUUUUGACAACCGGACUUUCGAACGGAGGAGCUAGUGCAGAACCGACUUUGCUCGGAUCUGGAUUGCUCACUAGUCUUUUUGAAGACGCCGGUGACAAGACAACAAAGAACCCAUUCGCGACAUGAUUGCCUGGCUUGUUCGUGAACACAGUACGAGCAAUGGUUUGUGAUUUCCAUUACAUUCUUUUAUUCGCCCUUCAGCACAAGCAGACGCUCUAGAAUAGCCAUGCCGACCGCAAAGGUUGGAACGUCCGAUGGCCAUCGAGCUCAAUCUCAAAUCCUUUCCAUGAAAGGGAGCAAGAAGAUGGAGAGCUCCUUGGGGGUUGUGCUGCUUCUCCUUACAAGUAGCGAGAAUUGCGUUUACAAGGGUUACUUUUAUCUUCACUCUGCAUUUGUAGUUUAGCUAUUAAAAGAAAUAGUGGCUCUUGUUUGUUUC